UAAAAUAUGUUAAUGAUCUGGUCUUGAGGAACUAGACGUCUUCUUGGAGCCUUCAGCACAUUUGAGUCUGACAGGAAAGAUUAGAACAGCUGGUUUCUGACAAAACUAAAUUUAAUUCCAAAUUUAUCCUCACUGAUUGUCCCACAGUAGGAAAAUGGAUGAAACUGAAGUUCUUUAUAAUAUUAAGUCCACAAGAGCGGGGGGAAACACAGAAGUGGCCACACCCUGUACGGAUGAACCCACUUAUUCCAACGUCAAUUACUCAGAAACUCAGCGACCUGCAUCAAGCAGGCGAUCGGGGGUCACAUCGGAGCGAGUGGCCCUGCUGGUCCUCAGUGCUCUCCUGGCAGCUGCCGUCAUAGCUCUUGGUGUAACCCUUUAUGAAAAUACUCAAACCAAGAAGCUUCUAGAGGAAUGUGAGGCAAAACAUCUCUCAGAAGACCUCAGUGGGACAGAACCAUCCAAAGUGGAGCAGCCAAGUCAACCUCCUUCAGUAAGAGAUGAAAUAUGUCCGAGGUGCGAGGACAGCUGGGAGCCACAUGGAGGAAAGUGCUACUUCUUCUCCUCGGUUAGGUUAUCCUGGACUCAGAGUAGAACACAAUGCAAAUCAAUGAGGGGAGACCUGGUUGUGAUAAACAACAGAGAGGAGCAGAAAUUCCUGCAAUCUAGACUGAUGAAAAAAAUGGACUAUCCUGAGGAAAAGUUCUGGAUCGGACUGACAGACUCAAAGAACGAGGAUGUAUGGCUUUGGGUGGACGACACACAACUGGAUCCAAGAUUGACGUUUUGGCGUCACUACGAGCCAAACAACAGGAAAGGGGAUAAUCCCGAUGGAGAGAACUGUGUGAUAAUGGGGGAGGAAUACCUGAUGUCCUGGAUCGAUAAAUCCUGCAAAUCGUCUCUUAAAAGUAUUUGUGAGAAACCAGAAGAAGCAUGUGGUUGAAAUCCAGUUGGAUCAGAUUGAACUCGAGUCCUCAGUGACUUUCACAAACUGAGGCAUGAUGUUUUAUUAAUGAAGAUCUUCUCCAGACAUUAACAGCUUUGAAUAAUAUCUAGUCUCAUAUGUUCAUGUUUAGUUUCCAUGUUAUUGUAUGCAUAUAAAAAAUUUGAUUUAA